AUGCGGCGUUCGGUCCUAGUCAGGAACCCAGGCCACAUAGGCCCGAGGCCCAAUUAUGAAGAGCUUGACUCCGACUCAGAAGACCUAGACCCCAAGAGGGAAGAGCUGGACCCAGUUUCUGAAAACCCAGAGCCUGAGCCGGAAGACCUCAACACUGUCUCUGAAGAUGUGGACCCCAGCUAUGAAGAUCUGGAGCCUGUCUCCGAGGAUCUGGAUCCCGAUGUGGAAGCUCCGAGCUCCAUCUCGGGGAUCCGUGACUCGGAUCCCCAAGAUCUCGACCCCAUGUCUUCAAGUUUUGAUGACCCAGACAUCAUCGGCCCCGUCCCCCUGGUUCUCGACCCUAACAGCGACACCCUCAGUCCCGCUGCCACCCCAGACCUGGACCCCCUCUCGUCCGACCUCACUGCUACCCCCGAGGUCCUGGCCGCCGGCCCCGCGGUGCUCCCUGCACCUGCCAGCCCGCCCCGGCCCUUCUCCUGCCCGGAUUGCGGGCGAGCCUUCCGCCGCAGCUCGGGUCUGAGCCAGCACCGCCGCACCCACAGCGGCGAGAAGCCUUACCGCUGCCCCGACUGCGGCAAGUCGUUCAGCCACGGCGCCACGCUGGCCCAGCACCGCGGCAUCCACACGGGCGCGCGGCCCUACCAGUGCGCGGCGUGCGGCAAGGCCUUUGGCUGGCGCUCCACGCUGCUCAAGCACCGCAGCAGCCACAGCGGCGAGAAGCCGCACCACUGCCCCGUGUGUGGCAAAGCCUUCGGGCACGGUUCGCUGCUGGCGCAGCACCUGCGCACGCACGGCGGCCCGCGGCCGCACAAGUGCCCGGUGUGCGCCAAGGGCUUCGGGCAGGGCUCGGCGCUGCUGAAGCACCUGCGCACGCACACGGGUGAGCGGCCGUACCCGUGCCCGCAGUGCGGCAAGGCCUUCGGCCAGAGCUCCGCGCUGCUGCAGCACCAGCGCACACACACGGCCGAGCGCCCCUACCGCUGUCCCCACUGCGGCAAGGCCUUCGGCCAGAGUUCCAACCUGCAGCAUCACCUGCGCAUCCACACCGGCGAGCGGCCCUACGCCUGCCCCCACUGCUCCAAGGCCUUUGGGCAGAGUUCGGCGCUGCUGCAACACCUGCACGUGCAUUCGGGCGAGCGCCCCUACCGCUGCCAGCUCUGCGGCAAGGCCUUCGGCCAAGCCUCCAGCCUCACCAAGCACAAGCGGGUGCAUGAGGGCGCAGCCGCUGCAGCUGCUGCGGCCGCCGCCGGUUUGGGCCUCAGCCCCGUUUCGAUGUUGAGGCCGGGGCAGGUCUCCCUUCUGAGUCCUGAUGCGGUCUCUGUGCUGGGUUCAGGCCUGGGCCUCAGCCCCGGCCCCAGCUCUGGCCUUGACCCUGACCCUGGCUCUGCGCUGGGCUCCCCACCCAAUCCCAGCCCCAAACCCAUCCCUGGCUCUGGAUCUACCCCUACCCCUGAUUCUGUCAAAUCUUCUGACCCUGAGCCUGGGCACAAUGCCAAUUCCAACCUUGUGGCCAGCCCUGAUCACAGAUCUGGUUCCAGCCCCGACCCGGAUCCCGUGCCCAGCCCUGACCCCAGCUCUGAGUCCCACCCUGAGCCCGGCUCUGCCACCCAUGACACUGUCAGCGCAGUCCUCCCUACCGGCGAGAGCCCCGAGUGGGUGCAGGAGCAAGGGGCACUGCUGGGGCCUGAUGGCUGA